AUGGCAGACAAAACGCAGUCAGAAGUCACUCAACCCAUCGUCCAGACCAGAUCCCUUGCAGAGACACUUGGUCAACUCCACGCCUCUUUCAAGGCGACAUGUGACAGAAAAGACCUGUCUUGCUCGUCAGAUGCGCUUGGUCGACUCGGCCCAGAAGAACUCCGCAGUCUUACGCUCCUAUUCUUGUCCUCGCUAAAUGAUCAUCCAACAUCAAGCCACUUACCUUCGACAACGGGGCGCGGAUGCCUGCGAGAUGAUCUCCUUGAAUUCACUUCCGCAGUCUCCUCUGGCGGUUUUGACCUCGAAUGCAUCAAGCCUCUCUUGAACACAGCUCUGAGUAGCAACCCAUAUGACUCAACUAUCUGGGAGCAAGUCUACAAUGCUAUCACCGAAUCUGGAGUGCUCCAUCACCAGAUAACGUCACAACCUCCGUCGCCACUCAAUCCAACCAACUCCCCGGCAUCCAGCGAGUCACCUCAACAAGACAUACGCGACAGAAUGCUAGAUCUGGAUAUGAGUCCCGAUGACUGCUACUAUCGGCUCCUACGUGAGGACAACAGAGGGAAGAGAGUCAUUUAUGUUUUCAUAACUGAUAACACCAUCCUCCCCGAAGACUCGAGAACCGAGAAUUUCGCACUUGUUCGCGAGCUGUGCAAGCUCGAUGGGUGGUACGAUACGUGGAAUACAUUGACCGUGUCGAGGCUUGCCGAUGGGAUUGAGUGCCUACAAGAUCAUUUCGGACUCCACGCCAUACCUCCGGAAAAGCUGGUAGGCUCCUACCCACUUUUCGACGUCCUUGAUCUUCGUGUCCUGUCCAGGCCGAACCACCGAGUCAAGUACGUCGAUACCGGGUCGGGGCUGGGUUAUCUGAAGAUUGCAAGAUUCGCAUUCGAAGUUGGUGCCAUCUCACGCGAGAUCGAGGCCUACGAAAUUCUGGCACAGAGACAGUCACAAUUGGGACCUGCGUUACUGGGCUAUGUCUAUGAGGGCACGCCAGAACGUAUUGUUGGAUUCAUUUCUGAGCCAAUCGAUGGCCGGCCAGCUUCCAUCUCCGAUCUCCAGGACAUUGAGAGCGCACUUGAAGAGUUGCAUGCCUGCGGACUCGUUCACGGCGAUGUGUUCAAGUACAACAUCUUGAUCACCACACAGGGGCCGAGGUUUAUCGAUUUCGAGAAGUCUUCUUUGCCACCACCCGACGAUCCCGAACUCUGGCAGGAGAUGAAAGAGCAGGAGCUUCGCGGCCUAGAGGCAGCUCUGCUGGAUGAGACUGGAAUGGGAAAGCCCUGGAGUUGGUAG